UGCGCUGUGUCCCUCGGACACAGCAGAUCACCGAUCAACAGAAAGAGCCGAAGAUGUCGGCUCGGUCAUGUGAUCAGCUGUGUCCAAUCACAGCUGAUCACAUGGGACAUGUACACAGAUCAUCAGAGCACUGAUGAUCAGUGUGCCCUGAUGAUCUGUGUAGCCCCAGCAGUGCCACCUGUUAGUGUCCAUCAGUGCCAGCUGUCAGUGCUCUCCAUGCCACCUGCCAGUGCCCAUCAGUGCCACAUUUCAGUGCCACAUCAAUGCCACAUAUCAGUGCCCAUCUGAGCUGCCUUUCAGUGUCACCCAUCAGUGCCAGUCAGUGCCACCUAUCAGUGCCACCCAGGG